CCAAGUUGGAAGUGAAAUGAACUGCUGUCAAAUGAAAUAAUAAAGACCAAACAUUAAUAAGAAUGUUUGUCAAUAUAUCCAACAGUGCUAGAAGUUCAACACCUUCAGCUGAGAGAUCAAUAUCAAAGACCAGAAUCAGCAAUGACACUUUAGACAGUGGUAUUUUCUCUCCUCUAGCUGACAAAAUGAAUAAAGAUCCAACACUAUUAUCAACAGGAGUGUUACAGAUAAGUCCAUUAAAAAUGCCUUUAUCUCCGGCAAAAAUAAAAAAUGAGUCAAUAAUGUCAGAAAUGACUGACAUCAGUAUUUCAGAAGAAUGGGAAAAGGAUUUUUUUUCUAAUUUUGAAGAAAACUUGUUCAACAUGGAUAUAGAUGAUCGCAUGUUGUCUGACAUUUUGAAGUCUCCCAAGGGAAAGGCUGCCAUGAAUGAAAUGAUACGCUCACCAAAAGGAAAAGCAUUUGUUAAUAAAAUGAUGAAGUCACCAAAAGGAAAAUUGAUGAAACGACAGUUUGAUAAUGAGCUCCCAGGUUUUAGCAAUGAAAGCCCAAACAGUUUUGAUGCAAAACAAUUGUCCACUACACCUAUGAAACCAGAGUUAAAAGGAAUGCUUAAAAUGUCUAAUUCAAAGCGAAGAUUAACAAUGACUGACCCAAAUAUGCAAGGAAACGUGGACACUGAUGCAGAAAUAGAUCUGUAUAUACAACAAAAUAUCUUGGGAAAGGUUAAGACUGAAAAUAAUCAAACACAGCGUAGGCAAAGAACCGAAUUUGUACCAAUUCAACCAAAAGAGAACCAGCAGCCAGUUGUUUGGCCAUCACAAGAGAGAUUAAAAUUUGCCAGGGCGCAGUUCCAAAAAACCUUGCAGAUGGCAGUACAGAAAGUUUCACACGACACACAUAAAAAAAAGGUGAAAUUUCAAGAGCCAGCAAAAUUUAGAAUGGAUAAGUAUCCAGAAAUCAAACAAGCACUUGCAAGACCCACUGCAGGUCAAGUCAAACGUCAGUUUCCUAAGAUUAAACCAUUGAGUAUUGAACCUAAAGACCUCUUAGUGCCAUUCAUGGAAAGUUCAGAAAACACAUCAUGGUACAUGUAUGAUGAAAGUGACGAUGAAGAUGAAGAAUGGGUAGAAGAUAUACCAUUCUCUUCACAGAAGAGGAGUAAGAACUCUAGAUUACAGAACAAGCAACGGAAGUAUUGAUAGAGAAUCAAAUUGACUAAACAUUACAUGUAUAUGUAAACUUAAAUGGGUUUGUUGUUCUUACAAACGUGAUAAAAAUGUUCAUCUCCACCAAGGGUCGAGAUAAUUUGUUUUCCUUAUACAUGCAUAUACAUCUUGAUGUCACAAUUUAGCUUCAUAAGUCUCAUACUUAUACAUGUAGCUUGUCAUCGAUCAUUGCCAUCAUGUUUUGUCUAAUUUAAAGAAUAUAUGGCCUUCAUCGUACAUGUAUUACAAAAUAUUCUUGUUUAAUUUUGAAAGCUUAAGAUAUUUACAAAAAUUUAAAAUUGAAUUUGGCUCAGGUCACUCAUAAAAUGAACAUACACAUGUACAGUCUCGUGCUGAUGUAAGUUGCUCUGCAAAUCUAUGUGCAAUGUAUGUAUGUACAUGCAUGUACAAAAUGUACAUAUAGACAUGUAAUUGUAAGCCCUGAAAAUUGUUUGUAGUAGUAUCAUAUCUUAAAAAACCAUGAAUUAAUAUUUUGAGGUUUGUUACCCAACAAGGAAUGUGUAAGGGGAAGAAACAUUUUGACAAAUUGUGACUUUAAUAGAAAUUUGAGUGUUUUUCUCUCUCUCUCUCUCUCCAAUGUUACACCCUCUGUCAUUGUAUCUUAGCUAUAAAAUUAACAGAUGACUUUCAUUUCUUUGCAGUAAUUGUAAGAUUCUUUUACAAUCCAUCUUAAGUUUACUAUGCUAUGGAAAGGUUUUUAUGCCCCACCUACAAUAGUAGAGGGGCAUUAUGUUUUCGGUCUGUGUGUUCGUUCGU